UGGUUUCAUCACUCUCGAACCGCGUGACAAAAAUUUACAUUGGUUAUUCAGUUUAUCUUAUCUCUCGUCGAUGCUGUCACUCGUUUGUACGCUCUAUUGCGCCAAUCACAUUAUGAUUGACGUUAUGACGGCAGAUACGUCGGCGGGAAUCGGAAUUGGAGGUUCUUUCGCUUUAUAAAAGGUGGCGGGAAUCGUAUUUGGAGAGUCGCCUCUUGGUGGUGCCACAUAUUUCUCGUCGUUUCGAAUAUGGCCGCAGUGGAGUGCGAAUCGAAAGACAACAACUCAACGGAUUUGUCGAAAACGCCGGUAUUUUCGGAUGACACUGUAAAAACGAUCGAAAAACAUGAAUCGCUGGGAAUACCAUUGCAAACUCCUUGGACUCUCUGGUUGGGCAAAGUUGCAUCGGGCACAACUGUUGAAGAAUAUAAACAAAAUUUGACGAAGAUUUAUACUGUGAAUACAGUACAGAGUUUUUGGGCAGUCUUCAAUAAUAUACCAAAUGCUAGCGCUAUGCAGGUUAAAUAUAGUUAUCAUUUAAUGAGAGAUGAAAGAUAUCCGUUGUGGGAGGAACCGGUUAAUCAACAUGGUGGAACAUGGAGAUUAAAGUGCCAUAAAUCUGAUACUGAUAAAAUUUGGAAGGAAAUGGUGCUUGCAGCUAUUGGAGAACAAUUUGCAGAAUGUGUGGCUGAGGAUGAUGAUGUCUGUGGAGUAACUGUGUCGAUUAGGGACAGGGAAGACAUAAUUCAAAUAUGGAAUACAACAGCUUCUUCAGCGCCAAAAGCAACUGUUUUACAAAAAGCACAUUCUUUACUACCUAAUGUGAAUUUUUCAGAAUUUUACAAACCUCACCAGACUCAUCACGCUUAUGACCGUCGUUAAAAAUGUCAUAUAUUUACUAAUAUACUAAUUGAUUAGCUAACAUGAAAGCAGAAAAUACUAGCCACAUCAAUAUUUUUACAAGGAAUUUAAAUUUUAUGGCAAUGUUCUAUGAAGAUAUAACAAAUUAAACUAUACAAAAUAUGAAUUUGUUAAUAAUAAACUGUUUAUUAUAAAAACUUAAGAAUCGUUAAUAUUGUAUCUAUUUUAAACUGUCAA